CGCACUGGAGCUGCGCCCUGCUUGACAGGCUGCGCGCAGACAGCAGCAGCAGCAGCCGCCGCAGCCCAGGGCUCUCGGGCAGCCCGGGAUCAGCUGCUGCGUGGCGCGGCGGGCGGAGGCGGCGGCUGCUUCCAGCCAUGCAGCUCCCCGUGCGCUCCCGGCUGCUGCUCCUGCUCCUGCUGCGGGCCAGCGGGCUGCGGGCCGGGGAGCGGAGCAGCAGCGCCAUGGAGGAGAUCACCACGGAGAAGGAGGCGGAGGAGAGUCACCGGCAGGACAGCGUGAGCCUCCUGACCUUCAUCCUGCUGCUCACCCUCACCAUCCUCACCAUCUGGCUCUUCAAGCACCGCCGGGUGCGCUUCCUCCACGAGACCGGCCUGGCCAUGAUCUAUGGACUCAUUGUUGGCGUGAUCUUGAGAUACGGUUCUCCCUCCAGCAGUGGCCAUGACAAGCCAUUCAGUUGCUCCCAGGAGGACCGACCAUUUACAACGCUGUUGGUCAAUGUCAGUGGAAAGUUUUUUGAGUACACCCUUAAAGGAGAAAUAAGCCCUGGAAAAAUACACAAUGUGGAACAGAAUGACAUGUUGCGAAAGGUAACAUUUGACCCAGAAGUUUUCUUCAACAUUCUGUUACCUCCUAUUAUUUUCCAUGCUGGGUACAGCUUGAAGAAGAGACACUUUUUCAGGAAUCUGGGGUCUAUUCUGGCUUAUGCCUUUUUAGGAACUGCAGUCUCUUGUUUUAUUAUCGGGAAUCUCAUGUAUGGUGUUGUAAAACUAAUGAAGCUGGUGGGACAACUCUCUGAUACAUUUUACUAUACAGACUGUCUCCUCUUCGGAGCUGUCAUAUCUGCUACUGAUCCAGUUACCGUGCUGGCAAUAUUUAAUGAGCUGCAUGCUGAUGUCGAUCUCUAUGCCCUUCUGUUUGGAGAGAGUGUUCUAAAUGAUGCUGUUGCCAUUGUAUUGUCUUCAUCAAUAGUUGCCUAUCAGCCAACAGGUGAAAACACCCAUGCGUUUGAUGCCGCAGCAUUUUUCAAAUCAGUUGGAGUUUUCCUUGGAAUAUUCAGUGGCUCUUUCAUGAUGGGAGCAGUGACAGGGGUUGUGACAGCUCUGGUGACCAAGUUUACCAAACUGCAUUGCUUCCCCCUGCUGGAGACAGCUCUCUUCUUCCUGAUGUCCUGGAGCACUUUCUUGCUAGCUGAAGCUUGUGGGUUUACAGGUGUGGUGGCGGUUCUCUUCUGUGGAAUUACACAGGCUCAUUAUACAUACAACAAUUUGUCAGUUGAGUCAAGGAGCCGAACUAAGCAGCUCUUUGAGGUACUGCACUUCCUGGCUGAAAACUUCAUAUUUUCAUACAUGGGUUUAGCCCUUUUUACUUUCCAGAAACACAUAUUCAGCCCAGUUUUCAUCAUUGGAGCUUUUAUUGCAAUCUUUCUGGGCAGAGCUGCACACAUCUACCCUCUCUCUUUCUUCUUGAAUCUGGGCAGAAGGCACAAGAUCAGUUGGAACUUUCAGCACAUGAUGAUGUUUUCAGGUCUUAGAGGAGCCAUGGCAUUUGCUCUGGCCAUACGAGACACUGCUACUUACUCCCAUCAAAUGAUGUUCUCAACAACCCUUCUUAUUGUCUUUUUCACUGUCUGGAUUAUUGGUGGAGGCACAACACCCAUGCUGUCAUGGCUGAACAUUAGAGUUGGUGAUCAUGCUCCAUCGGUGGAAGAGAUAAAUGAAAGCCGCUGGCUGUACUUCAGGGUUGGUGUUGACCCAGAUCAGGAUCCCCCACCCAGCAAUGACAGCUUUCAAGUCUUACAAGGAGAUGGUCCAGAUUCUGAAAGAGGAAACCGGACAAAGCAGGAAAGUGCUUGGCUCUUCAGGCUAUGGUAUAGCUUUGAUCACAAUUAUUUAAAGCCCAUUCUCACGCAUAGUGGCCCUCCGCUAACUACAACCCUUCCAAGUUGCUGUGGUCUGCUGGCCCGCUGUUUGACUACUCCACAGGUUUAUGAUAAUCAGGAGCAGCUUAGAGAGGAGGAUUCAGAUUUUAUUCUGAAUGAUGGUGACCUCACUCUGACAUAUGGUGAUACGACAAUAACUGCUAAUGGCUCUUCUGGCUCCCGCACUGCUACCACUAGCCUUGAUGGCAGGAAAACAAAAAGUAGUUCAGAGGAGGCAUUGGAACAUGAUCUGGGAAUGGGAGAUAAUGAAGUUACAAGCAGGGGCACCCGACUAGUAUUUCCUUUGGAAGACAGUGCAUGACUACUGCCUCAGUAAAAAUACAGCUGUAGCCCCGUGGAUGGAUCAAGGAAGACUGCAGGCCCCAGUGUCACUUGAGGCGGGAAUGCUUACAGAAUUGAACUAACCUGUCUGUUUAUAAGUGGUUUUACUAAAGUCUGAAGACACCAACCUUGACUUUUUUUUUAACUCAAGAUGCUGACAGUGGGUUUUUAAAUGUCUAAACUAGAGAAAUGGGGAAAUUGGUCAGUCUCUUCUCACAAAACUGCAUACUGAAUCUAAGUAGAAUUAGCCUCCUGCAAUUCUCUCAUUCAGCUGCAGCACCUUUCUGAGAAGAGGUAUGUGAAAAUGUUACCCACCCAGACCCAAGCUAAUUCAGGCUGGGGGGAGUUCUAGCUUGGUUUGGGAAUGAUGGAGGGGAAACCCAAACAAAAGUCUAGUUAUUCUGAGACUUACAGGUAUGGGUGCAUGUCUGAUUUUUCGGGUGGGCCAGUGUUAAAUUGCUCUCUAGAAAACUUGAAACUAUGUAUAAAAGGGAACAGUAUGUACUAGGAGUACAGGUGCAUGAAUGCAACAUUUUUCUGGGAUUUGUUACUAUAUGACAAACUGCACUGAAUUACUUCAGGAAAAAGGGAAAACAGCACAACUUCCUCACUGGCAACAUAUAGUAGGUACAGUUUAGAAUAAUUCAGUAUUUAAAGAGGGAGGCAGUGAAUGUUGUUUAGUCCCCUAGCUUUGGACAACUUGAGUAUUACUGUUCACAUAUCUUCUAGCACAUCACAAGAGAACUUCUUAGUGUCCAAGACUGAAAUGACUGACUCAAGCCCUUAUCUAGGCUCUGUGAUUUAAAAAAAACCCACUUGUUCUCUCAUUAGGUUUGUUAAAAAUCAGACGAAGGAAGCUGGAACCCAGUUUUUUUGAUGGGAGAUAGAGCAGAUAGUGGUAUUACUUACAGUGAAUCUGGAAAGCAGUUUUUGAACAUAUAUGAAACCAAAAGGUUCCAUAUUGAGAUGGGAAGUAUCCCUGGAAUCUGCUUUGAUUGCCUGUUAGGUGUGAUGGUUUACACUGCAAAUGUUUUUACUUCAAAAGGGGAAGAUAAUACUAUAAAUUUAACCAUUUGUGGUUAUUACAUCUGAAGAAAGGUGUUUAUAUUCAUUCUCUUUUGCAGAGUACAUGUGAACUUUCAGCGAGGCACUGCACAAUAUAUGAACUGUGCAAGUGGCAUACACGCUCUAGUCCCAUCUGAAAUGUGAAAAGGGAAAAAUGUCUUUGCUUAGUACUUGGCCCAUGUUCAUGUAGACUUGCUUUAACUUAGUGCUUAAGGGCUUUUUAAUUCCCAGCUCAGUAGCUAUUAGUCACCUCUGGUGUAUUAAAGCAAAUAGUUGAAAUCUAUUACCUCCUAAACAGAAGCUCAGCUACUGAAAGCAUGCUUUAAAAUGGGGUCCAGUUUUACUUUCAUGGCUCAAAAUGGUUUAGAAAAUGUUGUUGUUUUUUAAACUGGCAUUUUGUGGCCCACUAUUAAAAUGUAAUAUCAGUUUGCUAAAGUGCAUUUUUUUUACCUGCCACUUCAGUUUGUUCCCUUCCCAUAAAAUGUAUCUAUGAAUAAAAAUCCAUUCUGUGUUUUUCCUUAAGUGACCGGUUCAACUAAACAAUGGGCUAACUUUAAAAUUACAAGUUCCAAUUGCACAGCAGCACUUAGAUUGUCUAGUUUGGUUUAUUUUAAAUACAGUGAUCUACCUCCUACUUCUUCCCUCUUUAAGACAAAAUAUUGAUCUGUCUGAAAGAAUCAAAUUAAUGACUGCAUCGUGGGGCAAGGCAGUAAAAGAUUUCUAAAGCUAGACCUGCCACCUCUGUGGUGGAACUGGAAAGGUCACACAGUCCAUCUGCUCCAUUCUUGAGUAGCUCAGAGAUGGAAAGUUCAAGCAUCCUGCUGAGAGCACUUCAAGCAACAGACCACGUAAACUGUCUGGCACUCUGUUCCCAGGAUUAGAAUGGACAGCAUCGUGUGUGAGCACUCACCAGCUCUGCUAUUCCAGGACUUGCUGCUUAAAUACUACCCUGGAGGAAAUUGCUUCUUUUGGAGCGAUGAAAAUGAUGAAGUUUACUUUUGAUAACUUUAACUCUUUAGGGCCUGCUGAAUUCCACAUUUGGAGUGAUAAAUCCUAAUAAUGUCAGACUUUUCCUUUUGUAAAAACUUAAAUCAUUAGCCAACCUCAAGUGGUGCAAACUGCUUUUCAGAUUUUAGAGAGCAGAACCUGUCCAAAUCAGGUGGACUUGCCCAUCUCUGGAGUCAGGCAAAGCUUUAUAUGCAAUUCAAGACAGGCUGAAAGCUGUCAAAGACUAUUCAAGAGACAGGGUUGGGUGAGGUAGUAUCUUUUAUUGAACCAACUUCAACAAACUUGCCUCUCUCACCAACGGAAGUUGGUCCAGUAAAAGAUAUUACCUCACCCACCUUGUAUCUCUAAUAUCCUGGGAUCUACAAGGCUACAACAACACUGCAUACAAGAAAAACUAUAUUGGCUCAAAGCAUUUAGGACUAAGUAUUUUCUCUCUCAAAAAUGCUUAACGAAGUGCCAGAGACAGAGACUUUUCAAAAUUACCGUUUUCUACUGCAAGACUCACUCCAAGUUUUAGCACCAUCCUGUACCAGAAUGCUUCCAAUAGCAGAGUUAAGACUACACAUACUUAAAAUGGAGUUAAAUCUGAAAUGCUAACCCUGAAAGAGGGGCCUAGUACCUUUCCUCUUAGUGUUUCAUUCCUUAGCCUUUAACUUUAAAAACGAAUGUAAAAAGUCAUCUUGCAGCAAAGUUGUCUAGUACAGAGUUAUCUGAAUGUCAGACUGAGGAAUAAUGUCUUUGUUAUCCCUUAAAACGGAAGGGGCUUUAAUUAUAAAUUAUGCUUUAAAAUAGUGGUUCUCAAUCAGGGGUACACGUACCCCAGGGGUUAUGCAGAGGUCUUCCAGGGGGCACAUCACCUCUUCUAGAUACUUGCCUAGUUUAGAACAGGCUACAUAAAAAGCACUAGCAAAGUCAGUACAAACUAAAAUUUCAUAUAGACAAUGACUGGUUUAUACCUCUCUAUAUAAUAUACACUAAAAUGUAAGUAAUAUUUAUAUUCCAAUUGAUUUUAUAAUUAUAUGGUAAAAAUGAGAAAGUACACAAUUUUUCAAUAAGUGUGCUGUGACACGUGUAUUUUUAUGUUUGAUUUUUGUAAGCACGUAGUUUAAGUGAGGUGAAACUUGGGGGUAUGCAAGACAAAUCAACUUCCUGAAAGAGGUACAAUAGUCUGAAAGGGUUCAGAGCCACUGCUUUAAAACAAUGAAAUGAACAUGGGUCUUUCACUUCAUCAGUUUUGACUUCAACCUUUCUUCCCAGUUUAGACUUCAGAAUGAAUCAAAGCUAAAUGAACUAACAGCACCAACCACUUGUUACUAUAGAAAUCAUUAACCGUUACAGAAAAUUACCCUUUAAUAGGAUUUCUUUACUAAAAACUCACAAGAAAUAUCUGCUCUUUAGCAUGGCAUGUUUUACAUUUUCAGCUGGUGCUGAUUUUUUUCUUCUCCUUUGUGGUUCAUGUGCUCUUCCAAUUUACUUUGUACUGAAAUUUUGCUCUAAAUGUGAAAAUCCUUUUCGUGGAACAGUGUGAUGAAUUUUAACUUCAUGCCAGUACUGAGGUUGGGUUGGUUAGGCUAGAGCUUGACUUAGACAUACAAAUAGAUGUAGUAAUAAAACUAUGGAAAGUUA